CCCAGAUCCAUCGCAGAUAUCGAUCCGAGACACGCCAUGGCAGCGAAGCAACGCUUGCAGGAGCUCUUUGCCAAAUACGACACCUCUGGAGAUGGGGUCCUCAGCGAAGAGGAAAUGACUGCAGUCUUUGAAGCCAUCGGCAUCAAGAAGAACAAGGCUCAAGCCAUGUUUCAAGCCGCUGACGCGGACCAGGAUGGCACCAUCAAUUGCCACGAAUUCAUUUCGUGGCUCACCAAGCAGCGCUUGAAGUAUGCCUUGAAACAGCAUACCGAAGAGGGUGCAGAACGUGGCGAAGGCAAAUAUUGGACGAUGAUCAUCACCAACGCCUCGGACCGCGUGGGGAAGAAAGUGACCAUCAAUUUCACAAAAUGCCAAAAUAUGGAGUUCCCUGAGGGAAACCCAUGCGAGUUCACCUUGAAACCCGGUGAGCAGCUGGAGACGCCGGUGGUGAUGAAACAGAACGGGAGGCCUUGGCGUUACAGCUGGCGCUCAUCCAGCAAGUCCGUCUUCACAGGUAUCGAAGAUGAUUUGUCCAAUGCCUUCACAGAUCCUGAUUUCCCUCAUGAUGAAAACAGCAUCGGUAAGUCCACCACCUCCUUCAGCUGUGGUUCGGCAGACCAAUGGGUGCGCGCGCGCAUGUUGGGGGAUCCUGCUGAGGCGCUUCUCUUUGAGGAAGUUCGGCCACAAGAUGUGCAUCAGGGCAGCCUGGGAGAUUGUUGGCUGAUGGCUGCGCUGAGCUGUUUGUCCGACUAUCCGGGGAAGUUGAAGAGUCUUUUCAAAGAUCGGCACAUCACGGAGGAUGGCAAAUACGAAGUGUACCUCUUUGAUCUCGAGAAAGAUGAGUGGGCCACGGUCGUGGUGGACGAAUUCCUGCCCUGUAAGAUCAGCUAUGGGCAGCCGCGACCCGUCUUUGCGGAACCCUUGGGCGAGGAGAUUUGGGUCGCCCUUUUGGAGAAGGCCUUCGCCAAGUUCUGUGGAAGCUAUGGAGCCUUGUCCGGUGGAGGAGUGGCCUUUGCCUUUCAGGUCUUGACUGGAAAGCCUGAUGUGAUCUCCUAUGAGAAACAGAAAGACGCCACCUGGCGAAGGCGCAGGCUGAACCGCGAGAGGCAGAAGAAACGAGGAACCCGCAAUCCGAGGGGUACAUCCUGGACGUGGAAAAACAAGACGUCCACCAUUGAUACUGACAAGUUGUUCGAGGUUCUCUCAGGACAUUGCGCCGACAAGCACGUGUUGGGCUGCAGUAUGUCCAGCAAGGGAGCCGGUGUUGAGGAGGCUAAGGCUAGUGGCCUGUACAGCAGGCACGUCUACUCCUUGCUGAAAGUCAUGACCGAGACCCUGGAUGACGGAAGUCCCGUGCGUUUGGUGCAUCUCCGUAAUCCUUGGGGCCACAAGGAAUGGAAUGGAGAUUGGGCUGAUCAAGGUGAUCAAGAAGAAAGCAAGUGGAAGGAGAACCCGCAGUUGGCUGAACGCCUGUCGAACACCAAGAGGAACGACGGCUGCUUCUACAUGUCCUUUGAAGAUUGGGUGUCAGCCUUCACCUGCGUUUCGCUGUGCCCGGUGGGCGUCAACGCCGUGCCACCCGAGGAGGAGGAUCCGGAGGAGGAGGCCGUGGAGCAGGACUGCCUCUCCAGUGAGAAUGAAGAAUUUGUAUCCUCUGACCGCGAGUGAGUGGACCGCGAGGCCAAACAAGCUCUCGAGAUCGGUGCUGACCUCAUUGCAAGGUGUUCAGCUGGCCGUUGGUUGGUGUUGGA